AAAUACGUAAUUAUUUUACAUGUAUAUAAUAGCACAUAUGGAGGCUGAACGAGGAACUACGUUCAUCUAAUAAAUAAAAUAAGUAAAAAUAAGUUCCAUUAUUUUGACAAACCUGAUCCAGCGCUGAUAUUUAUCGGAUUUGGCAAAACAAUAUUAAUGAAAUCGUUGAAUGAUAAAAAUAACAUAUGUAAAAUAUAUGUAUAUAAGUUAAAAAAGGAAUCGUCGCGUCGGUAGUUUGCUGAAUAUAUUUACAUUGGAUAACAUGUGCAUAAUUAUAUCAUAGAUACAGUUAUGCUAAUUUCUGGCGUAUUUACACAUCAUACCUAAAAGUGUUUUUUAUAUAUCCAAGAUUGCGACUCGAUAAUCUGCGAACCUGCUUAUGUAUUAUAGUACAUAUGUGAGUCAUGCAAUACCUCCACAUCAGCAGUCUCUUCUUGGAUAUCAACCAGGAAACAUCGCUGUUUCCUGCUACGAGAUUCUAUUUUCGAAAGUUAGCAAACUUUAUUACACUAAAAGGAAGGACGCAGAUAUAUAAAAGGAAAAGAACGUGGAUAUAAUUGUUGACCUUCAAGUAUUCGAUCGAUUACAUCCGACACUAUAAUCAGGCACGUGAACUAUAUUCGUGAUCGUCAAUACUUGGUUACAUUGUUGCGAAGACAUACGUUCGCCAUGGCUGAAACAUAUAACCACUUACAUUUCCUAGUAAAGAUAUUACAAUUUGCUUUGCAAAUUCUCUAUUAUAUAUGUGAGAGCGUGUAUUAUAAUAUUUUUAUCAAUCGAAAAGAAAAAAGCGUGUCCGAUGAAAUUGUUCUGGUAACAGGUGCAGGACAUGGCAUAGGAAAGGAACUGGCGAUUCAAUAUGCAAAUUUGAAUGCAACAGUCGUAUGUUUAGAUGUGAAUGAAAAAACUAACGAGAACACAAUGCAUGAGAUCAAGAAAACAGUAAAAAGUCCGAUUUAUGCAUACACAUGCGAUGUGUCCAACAGAGAAAAUGUCUUUGAAGUAGCUAAAAAAAUUAAGGCAGAAGUCGGAGACGUUACUAUUUUAAUUAACAAUGCUGGCAUAAUGCCUUGCCAUAGAUUUUUAGAUCAAACAGUCGAUCAAAUCAAACGAACAUUUGAAAUCAAUAUAAUGGCUCACAUUUGGAUGUUGCAAGCGUAUCUACCUAGCAUGAUUGAAAAAAAUCAUGGUCAUAUCGUCGCGCUCUCGUCAAUAGCAGGACUUUCUGGAGUUCCUUACAUAGUUCCUUAUUGCGCUACAAAAUAUGCUAUCAGAGGUUUAAUGGAAGCGCUUAAUGACGAAUUACGUCUAAGUAGUGACAACAAAUCUUUAAUCAAAUUCACUACCAUUUUUCCUUAUAUGGUAGAUACGGGACUUUGUAAAAAUCCAAAAGUAAAUGUGGAAAUACCAUUCACGUCAUUAGCAUCACCGAAACGUGUAGCUGCAGAAAUAAUCAAAGGGCAGCGGCAAGACAUUGUUGAGAAAGCUAUACCAUGGUAUUGGUUAUCUGUGGCUGAAUUCGGAAGAAUUUUACCUGUAAAUGGACUGACUUAUUUAAAGGAUUUUUUAAAUUCUGGUCUCGAGCCAGAUAGUUAAUCAGUACACAACACUUGUACAAUUACAUUGCAGGAAAUACUCAAAGGUUUGCAAAAACCAUCAACCUCAGUUUUGCGUACUUGCAUUUUUUCUCCUUAAAUGCUUAUAAAAAAUUCAGUCAAAAAUAUUAAAGAUGUUAGACAUAACUGAGAAAUACAAUCCAAAGUUAAACUGAAAUUUGUUAAAGUAAUUACUCUUUGCUUAAAGAGUGAUUACUUCAUAUAAAAUAGUCAUUGUCAUUCGUUCAAAAAUGAAUAAUUCACAAUCAUAUUAUAUUAAAUGCAUUCAAUUAAAUUCUGCAGCAAAGCUCUUAUAUGUAUUUUAAUACUUAUGUAUAUAAUAAAAAUAAUACAAUAUAUUAUAAUAAUUAGAUAACAUAGAAUAUAUAACUUGUUUAAAACAGUAAUCUUUAAUAUUAAAUCAUGUAAUAACCAACAAUAACCGUUAUUUAUUAUUAAAAAUAAUACAUAUAAAUAGC